UAGGCAUGGGCCGAGCUGGAAGUCUCGGCAGACGCAGGGGUGCACGUGGACCGUUUGAUACGUACGCCACCGCCGGAAUGCAUCCGACACGCAGCCACGCGCUGCUACAUUGACCACACCACCCAUCUGUCGAAGCGAACGACGGUACGGUCGACCAGCCCAGGUCGGGUGGCGCAAGAUGCAGUCAGAACGGCCCACUGGGAGAAUCCCAACUCUUGUACAACUUUGCCAGCGAGUGGCAUCAAAUCAUGUUGACUCUAUAUAUACUGUGAGCGGUAUGCGGUACGACUUGGUUGAGCCCAUACUUGAGAAUUGCUCCGCCGAAACGUUGCUCCGGUUAGAGCAUACAAGCCCAGACAUUGAGCCGGAGACAGGAGAACUUUGGAAGGGGCUGUGUCUCAGAACCUCUAUGAGAGCCGCCCAGAAAUCCGACACAUACCAAGGUCCAGAACCGGAAUCGUGGCGCGACCAAUACUUCGCUCUGCAAGAGAUGGAGGCUCAACGAUUCGAAGAGCUCAAGUCGCGCUUGCGGACAAUCCGCCGGGAAGCUGACGACCGCAAGAAAGAAACACAGAUAAAGCUCACUGACAGAUUGCCGCCCGCCAAACGCGGCCGACCCUGGGGUGCAGCAUAUCAACCAAAGACCCUUCUACAAAGGACUCGAUCAGAGGCAGUGCGCAUGCAGCAGGGUAUUUACGGCACGCCUAUGAUCCCCAUGAAAGCCAAGAGUUCUCGUGCGGCUCCAUCCGUGCCUAUGGUCAAGCGUCCAAUGGGCUCGUCGUCAUCCGCGAUCCAGUCAACCCCUUCAGGCAGUUCUGCGCCUCCAAGUCGCCGCACUGGCAGUCGCGUAACAGUAACGACAGUAGCCGUUCGUCAUACCCCAGCUUCUGGCUCGCCGCCCGCGAUGAGAGACACUACUCUCCCGUCUACACCGGCGUCUGCUUUCGAGAUGCGCUGUAGUCCACCCUCUAUGUCACCGCCCGCUGCAUGUCACUCCCCGCUGCCGCGUUCUGUCAUCGCAAAAACUACCCCGGCAAAGAAAGAUCCCACGGCGUCGAUAUUCAUGCCGAAGCAUCGUGCUUCUUCGCAACUUCCUUCCUCACGCAAUGCCACACGGACUUGAGUAUAUUACUUGUUCAGCCGCUAUACUACCAUUGGAUCUACACUGCACUCCACAUCGCAUCAUCCAUAUCAUCACCCAGUCGACAUGUCCUGUAUUCGCAAUCACGCUUGGGGUUUUGGAGGAUCAACAUCUCCAAUGGGAUUCCUGCAUUGUACACACCGUCAGUAUCACUAGAGGCGUUUUCCAGUUGUAUCCAAAGGUUCCCCUCAUGUAACUUAAUCGGCGAUGGGAACUAUCGAAUUUCGAUCCCGCAGCUA